AUGGCUUUUGUUGAUGUGAUCAAAUGUUGCCUUGAUUCCAUCAGACUAAUAUCAAAGGAAGUUGAAGAUUCGAUUAUUUACAUAGAUGCAGGAUGUACAGAGUGUUUCCAGUUUCUUGGGGCAUUCCCUCUGUUACUGGAACUUGGAGUGCGUGCUGUAUGCAGCUUGGAAAAGAUGUCUUCUCUUGAUAUGGUAUCUGACUGGAAUUCAGAAUUUGAUUCUCCGACGAAAAUUGUAGUCAUCACAUCGCGUCUUUUAAGUGAUGCACAUCGAUAUAUUUUACGUUGCCUGAGCAUGCAGCAAAGUGUUCGCCACUGUACUGUAUUUACGUCAAUCUCAGAGGUUGAAGCAGCGGAGCAUAACCAGAUAACAGAGUCCCAAUAG